UCCAAACCAGCAAAAAAAAAGGUGUACACACUCCAAACAACCCCAUCCUUCCGUUUCUCGUUCAUGGGGGCGAGCGUUGCGUCAAAACGGGAAACGAGGAGUGGCGCGUGGAUGCGCUUAAAUAGCCAGCCUUUACACACCAGAACACACAACUUCGACUCCUCUGACUGUUUUAGUUUAUUUUAUUUUCAUUUAUUUUGCCAGAUUAGACUUGGGAUCAUGAUGCGCGAAGCUGUUCGCCGCCUGCACGUGCGCGCUCUCGUGGCGCUGUGGCUCGGGACGCUUCACGGAUGCAGAAAUAUUCAAGCCGCCCCGAACCCUUCCUCACCGCUGCAAAGCUCCAACUGGGGCAACCCGCGGAGAUACGUGCACCUGCAAACCAGCACCGAGCUCAACAACUUCUACCUGGAGAUCAGCCUGACUGGACACGUGCGCAAAACCACGCACCGGGGUUCAUACAGUGUGAUGUUACUGAAAGCUGAGAGCAGGGACCAGAUUGCAAUAUAUGGAGUGAAGAGUAAUCGGUUCUUGUGCAUGGACGCACUUGGAAAUCUUUUUACAUCUGCGGUUUGCCACAGGGAUGACUGCCUCUUCCAUCACAAGCUCUUGGAAAACCACCGCGACGUGUACUACUCCACCCGGAGCAGCAUACUGCUGGAUCUGGAUGGUGUGAAGCAGGUGUACUCAGCGGGCCGCAACCUGCCGCAGACGUCCCUCUUCCUGUCUGAGAAGAGCACGGUUCCGCUGGAGCGCCUGCAGCACCGGGAGCGACGGGACCGCCAGGCGGAGGCGCCCGAGGCGCAGCGCGCACGCGCGCUCGCCUUUCUCGCCGAGGAGUCGGACUCGCGCGCAGCCCGCGACGACGACGCCGACCUCGAUGUGGAGCGCCCGGAGGACCGCAAGAGCUCGCGGGAAACGCACGCGUCACCGAACGACGACGACCCGUGGGACGUGGAGCACGUCAGGAACCCCGGGAGUCCCCGGAUGUCAGGGACAAUGGGGUGAAGUCCCUCGUCCCUUCGUCGUGACUGGACAGCAGGUGGACCGCAGAAAGUCCCCACGCAGUGCUGAAUUAACGCCUUCAGAUAAUAUCAAAUAAUAUAGGACACGCGUGUCAUAGACGCUCACUGACAACCUCUUUAAUUACACAAUAAAUGAACUGAAAAUAAUUAUUUACAGUGCAGCAUUUUGCUAACGUGGAGAGAAAACACCAGUACACACAGUCUGAGUUUCUAACAGUGUUUCACAUUGUCUGAAUCCAUCAAACUUCAACAUGAUUGGCUUUAACUGUGUUGAUCCAGCAACAUUUGGGGUUAGAUAGCUUUCUGAUACGUUAAGAUCUUGAUCACGUGACUAUGCAAAAAAAAAGUAACAGGUCUACUAUAAUAUUUGUUGCCCAUAUUAUAACAUUUGCCAAACAAACUAGACCUAAUUUUCUAACAAAGAAACACGUGUGUCAGUACGGAAAUACACACCGAUACACACCAACUGUGGUUCAGAACUGUGUGGUUUAAUCUUUUCAUGCACUUGGGAUCAACGUUGGGAAUUUCUCUUGUGUAAAAACUGUGUAAAGUUUUAUAACAGCUUAUAACAGGUGAUCUGGUGAAAUAACAACAACAAGAAAUAACCCACAUGGUGAUGAAGCAGUGGCUGUAAUGUGAUGCUGUAAUGAGAUGUUAAGUUUUCCCUCUAGGUUUUUAAGCUCAAACGCUGUGGAGGACCAAAGAAAAAUUUGUCCUAAGUCUUGAUUUAAGAUUUUUUACUUCCAAAAAAAACCACUUUGAAUUGUUCAUUCUGUACCAGUUGAUAUAUAUUUCAUUCCUAAUCUGCCAAAAAACAAACCAUCCACUGGUGCAGGACACCAACC